AUGGCUGAUAAAAGCAAAUCUUUGAUUAUUACAACAUUUCUGUUAAUCCUUUACAUUGGAAUUAGUGGUGCAGUACCAAAUAUUCCUAGACGGCCCUCACGAAGGGAGAGCAAAGGGCAAUGGCAGCUUCUUUUGAGCAACACCGGCGUAGUGGCGAUGCACAUGGCGUUAACCCACCAUAACACAGUCGUAAUGUUCGAUCAAACAGAAUCGGGCCGGUCUGGGUACCGGCUCCGGCAACGUUACAACGGCAGAAGAUGCGCUGGCCGGACUAGAGCUGAUUUAGAAGACUCUUCAUGCUAUGCUCACUCCAUUGAGUACGAUAUUGAUAGGAACAGAGUUAGGCCUUUAAGGCUUAAUACUGAUACCUGGUGCUCCUCAGGCUCUUUCUUGAGCAACGGAACACUUCAACAAACCGGUGGCUAUGGCAGCGGUUCUCGACGCAUCCGAUACUUCCGGCCAUGUGUGGAUCACCAAUGUGAUUGGAGGCAAUCAAAGAGAUCAUUGGCGGAUGAUCGUUGGUAUGCUUCCAAUCAAUUACUCCCCGGGCAUGAUCGUGCGAUUGUUGUCGGUGGAAGAAGGGUAUUUACUUACGAAUUUGUGCCGAAAAGGUCUCCUAAUGAAGGAUCUUUUAACCUUCCAUUCUUGCACCGGACUUACGACAGGGAUGCUGGAGGAAACAACCUUUAUCCCUUCCUCCACCUUUCUUCUGACGGCAACCUGUUCAUUUUCGCCAACCGGGAUUCGAUCCUUUUCAAUUUCAGGCAAAAUAAGGUGGUUAAGACGUUCCCUCGGAUUCCCGGAAAUGGGUCGAGGAACUAUCCGAGCUCCGGCUCGUCGGUGAUUCUUCCACUAGACCACAUAAACAAGUUCCAACGAGUGGAAGUCAUGGUGUGCGGAGGCGCAACUUCAGGAGCUUUUCGAGCUGCUAAUGAAAGGAGAUACUUGAAGGGGUUGAGCUCUUGUGGAAGAAUGGUGAUCACAGGGAACAGACACAAAUGGAACAUGGAAAACAUGCCCGGCCCCCGUCUCCUAAACGACAUGCUGAUCCUCCCAACCGGCCAUGUCCUGAUCAUAAACGGUGCAAGAAGCGGCUCUGCCGGAUGGGACAAUGCAAGGAAUGCUUCCCUCGAACCUUACCUCUACAAACCAAACGCUACACUUGGGAGAAGGUUCUCAAUCCUUAGCACCACCAGAAUAGCCAGAAUGUAUCACUCAUCGGCCGUUCUUUUACCAGACGGGAGGGUCUUAGUUGCUGGCGGUAACCCUCACAAUAGGUACACUUUCAGAAAUGUGCCCUACCCUACUGAGCUUAGGUUACAAGCAUUUGUGCCAAACUACAUGGAGCGGCAAUACCACAUUCACAGGCCGAUGAAUGUGACGAUAAACUAUGGAGAUCAUCAUGGACAGAUUAAUGGUGUUAGACAUGGUGGAGAGUUUAGCGUUGAGUUUGUGUUAGGAAGGAGGCCGAGCAAUGAAAUGGAGUUUAAUGCUUAUGCGCCACCAUUCACCACGCAUUCCAUCUCUAUGAACCAAAGGAUGCUAAAGCUGAGGUGCCAGAGCAUGGUCAGGGCUGAAGAUGGGCGGGUAAAUGCAGUUGUGGAGGCCCCUCCAUCUCCUACUGUUGCACCACCUGGUUAUUACAUGCUCACUGUAGUGAAUGGAGGAAUUCCUAGCAUGUCUACGUGGGUGAAGUUCAUAACUGCUUGA